AUGGCUAGAACUAAGCAAACCGCUAGGAAGUCUACGGGUGGCAAGGCUCCUCGCAAGCAGCUCGCCUCCAAAGCGGCUCGCAAGUCUACUCCCAGUACUGGCGGAAUCAAGAAGCCUCACAGGUAUCGUCCGGGCACCGUCGCUCUGCGUGAGAUUAGACGUUAUCAGAAGAGCACGGAUCUUCUCAUCCGCAAAUUGCCCUUCCAGAGGCUCGUGCGUGAGGUUGCCCAGGACUUCAAAACUGACUUGAGGUUUCAGAGCAGUGCAGUUAUGGCUUUACAGGAGGCCGCGGAAGCUUACCUC